AUGAUGCGUAGAUCGUCAUCCAGGAAUAAGCAGCGAUCUUCUGGUAUCUUUGUAGAUGAUGAAGGAAAUCCACUGGUGUUUACUGUAACUCUUGGAGUGCAUCACAAGCAUGUGUGUGCAGGAAUACAAGAUAAUGGAGGCGUGGUUGACCCAGAGGCUUUAGAACCAUUUAUGAAUCUUGUUGGCAUAUAUCACCCAACCACCAAUCCAAAUACGUUCCAGUGCUGCUACAUUGAUGACUGUAUUCAGGCUGGAUGUCUGUUACCAAGUGACCCCUACAUUAUACCAACAACUAGUGCUCGUAUCAUACAUCGAGUACAAUUUAACGAACAAGACGACCGUUUGCUGUAUGAAAUGCUUGCUAAAAACAAAGGGAAGCAUUUCAAAGGAAAUGAUCUGUAUCAGGAUUUUGCAGCACAGCAUCCACGCCAUACUUGGAAAGCUUGGCGAGAUCGUGCAGUUAAAAAGAUUAUUCCGAGAAUGUCGCCUCAACUCGAGGGGGCAAAUGAAGAUAAAAUGGAUGCGCGUAUGACCCGAUCUGCGAUUAGACGAGCGACACAAAUACGCUUACAACUAAAUGGUAAUGACCCAACUUCAAUUUCAGCUACCGCACAUGAUCAUGGUGACAGUCACCAUGGUUUGUUGGUCCAAAAAGCCGAAUCGAGUUUUAAAUGCCAAUUGCCAACUUCAGAAUUAAAAAGGCCUACCAUCAAAAAACUACGUGGACCAUUAUCAAGAAGAAAACACACAUUUUUUGAAGAUGCAGCUGAUAGUAAUGACCAGAAUGUACAUAGUUUAUCUUUUUUAUGUCGAACAAAUGAUGUCGGAUUUAAUCUAACCAGCAAAAUAACUGCUGAAAACUAUUCAACUUUUGCACAGAAAGACGAACAGUCAGGAAGGGAUGCGCAUCGUCUUGACGUCACACCUAAAGAUAAUCAUUUUGUUGCAUUUGAAGAUGUAACUCGAUCGCCACACCACAGACAUGUUAUGAAUAUGCCUCAAGAAUCUCAGCUUGAUGAAGGGCAUGAUUCUUCAGAGUCUAGUUUUGAAGUUGGUGAAACCAGUGGCAUGGAUAGACUUGAACAUAGCGAUGACUCGGAAUCUGAUGUGCAGGACAAGUUUUCAUCACCCUGUCCAGUUUACAAGUCAACCAAGCAAAAUGCACCAGACGAUUCAGACAAAGAAAACGUAGUUGAGAAGCGUAUGGAUGAAAUGUCUGCCAAGGCCAUGUUUUUUUCAGAUGUCAACGCACUUCUUGCAGAGGCCAUAGAAGCCAACUAUUGUAAACGCGAUGUAAUGCGUGCACUGAUGAUGUCUUCUGGGUUGAUUGAGCAUGCCCGAAGAUUACUAUCAGUGCAGUUUAAUAUUAGCUUGCUCGAGGAAACUACUCGACAAUGGAUUUUUACAUCCAAGGACGAUAAACGACUGUUUAGUGGAAAUGCGAUUGAUUUGGAGAGAGUCGAAGCGACAAAAAGCAGUCAAAGUAUCGAGCGUCGAGUUCAGUUUUUAAGUGAAUCUUAA